AUGCUGACCAAAUCAAGAACAGCGUCCCAAUGCCAUCGCAUCGCCGCCAUCAAAUCUUCCAGACGCUUCAUCGCCUCGUUCGCAGCCCCAUCUGGAUAUGAAGAGCCUCGAGGGCCUCUUGGCUUUGGCCUCACCUUCGACCACGCCGCCUACGGCGACCUCCUCCGAUCAUCCACGAGUAGGAAGAACUUGGCGCACGGGAUGCUAAUCCACUGCCACAUGAUCAAGGUAUCCUUCAGGACCUCCGUGUUUCUCGACAACACUCUGCUAAACAUGUACUGUAAAUGCGGAGAUCUGGAAUCCGCCCACCUCCUGUUUGAUAGAAUGACCAAAAGAAACCUCGUCUCCUGGAACUCCCUUAUUUCUGGCUACUCAUUGAUUGGGCGCUACCAGCAGACGUUGGGUUUGUUUCUUGAAGGGAGAAGUAUGGAAAUGGAGCCUGACAGGUUCACCUAUGCGGGCGUCUUGAGAGGAUCCGCUCACCUGGGAGACUUGAAAAUGGGCAUAAUGAUCCAUGGCCUAGUAGUAGUCAGUGGGGUGUCCUCCCAAGUCCUUUUGACUAAUUCUCUCAUAGACAUGUAUGCAAAAUGCGGUCGUAUCGAUCUGGCGAGACUUGUGCUCGAUCAUUCACACGAAUUGGAUGAGGUUUCUUGGAAUUCAUUGCUGUCUGGUUAUGUUCAUCUCGGUUUGGUCGAGGAAAGCUUUGGACUUUUUUCCCAGAUGCACCAAAGAGGGGUCCAGAUCAAUGGUUUUGCUCUGGGUAGUAUUUUCAAAGCUUGCGCAGGAUCUAGUGAUUAUUCCUCUGAUUUUGGUUCGAUUGCCCAUGGUUUUGCGGUAAAAGUUGGACUGGAGAUGGACGUUGUUGUGUGUGGUGCGAUGCUAGACAAGUUCUUAAAGCGUGGGGCCGUGAAAAAAGCAAUUGAAACCUUCAAACUCAUGCCUGAACAGAAUGUCAUCGUAUUUAACACCAUGAUUGCAGGGUUAUGUGGGCCAGAUUUAGAAACCUCCGAUCAGCCCUACUAUGCCUUGAGCCUCUUCUCCGACAUGAAAAGAAGGGGAAUGAAACCAUCAAAGUUCACAUUUUCAAGUGUGCUCAAAGCAUGUAAUGUGAUCGUAGGCUUUGAACCUGGAAAGCAGAUUCAUGCCCAAGUCCUCAAGCAUAAUCUUCAAAAGGAUGAAUUCAUAGGGAGCGGGCUUAUCGAUUUAUACUCCAAUAAUGGCUUGAUUGAAGACGGACUCAGGUGUUUCGAUUCAACCUAUAAGCAGGAUGUUGUCUCUUGGACUUCCAUGAUCUCGGGUUUCGUUCAAAGCGAGCAAUUUGAACGUGCAUGCGACUUGUUCCAUAAAUUGCUGGUUUCUGGCCAAAAACCUGAUGAGUUCACUCUCUCCAGUGUGAUGAGUGCCUGUGCUAAUCUAGCCAUUGCAAGGACUGGAGAGCAAGUUCAUAGUCGUUCAAUGAAGACUGGAUUUAAUAACUUCACAGUCUGUGUAAACUCUUUGAUUUUUAUGUAUGCGAAGUCGGGGGAUAUUGAUGCUGCAGCCAAGGCAUUUUCAGAAACCUGUGAUCAUGAUGUGGUGACAUGGUCUGCUAUGAUCUCUAGCUAUGCUCAGCAUGGGUUUGCAGAAUAUUCCUUGACAUUGUUUAGAAAGAUGAAGGAUUAUGGGUUUGUGCCCAACAGCGUGAUUUUCCUUGGGGUCCUUACUGCUUGCAGCCAUGGUGGACUACUAGACGAAGGACUUAGGUAGAUAUAUUUCUGUUGUCAGACGCGAGCUGGUGAUUUCUUUUUUAUUUCUAAUCUGGGACUGAAAAAUCUCAGAUUCUUCAUAUAUGUGGAAGUGCCUCGUUGUUUUUCUACUCAGUGCCAUCAGUUUUACUGAUCAUCUUAUUAUUUAAAAGGAAGCCUGAAACUUUGGUAGAUAUCUCUCUAUUGUUCAAUGUGAGUCUGAUUUAUUUUUUUUGCCAUAAUUCGGGAGUUAAAAAUCUUGGAUUCUCCAUAGAAGUGAAAUUUACUGGUUUAUUUUAUUUUACAUGCGAGUUGGUCUCUCUUUUCAAUUUUGAUUUGGGAAUGCGAGAUCUUGGCUUUUUCAUAGAACUGAAAGUCCUUGAUUUAUUUUACUUGGUAGGCAUUCAUUCUACUGAUUAUCUCAUUCUUAAAGGGGAAGCCAGAAACUGCCCUGUAGUUUAUUCGAGCUGGUUUUUCCAAUUUGGGACUGAGAAAUCUUGGAUUCUUAGUAGCAUUGUAAGUGAUUGCUUUGUUUUACUUGGUGGGCAUCCGUUUCAAUGGUUACGAUUUUAUUUAAAAGGAAAUUAAAAGCUUUGUGCCAUGAACGGAACGAAUAGCUCAUUCCUGAUCACCAAAGGACAGCUAGUGAGUACAUUAGACACAAUGAGACCAUAAAACUUAAACUGAGGGUGCACCACAGCUCUCGCUUUUCAUGUCAAUUUAUUUUCUCUGGUCCGAACCUCCUUAGGUUGACUUUUCAGAGAUUAUCCACAAAUCUUCCAUCUUUCUCUAUCCUUCGUGUGAUUCUCAUAUAAUCUCCCAUCUUCUUCUCUCAACUCUCUCAUCUGCUCGUUGGCCUUCUCAGGUCCUUUGAUAGCAUGAAGAGAGAUUACAAUCUGGAGCCAAACGUGAAGCACUACGCCUCCAUUGUCGACCUUCUUGGUCGAGCUGGAAAAUUGCCCGCCGCAGAGGACUUGAUCCUGAGCUCGGGUUUCGCCUCCGACCCAGUCAUCUGGAAGGCUCUUCUGGGUUCCUGCCGGCUCCAUGGGGAUGUCAACCGAGCUGCCCGCGUGGCAGAGAGAAUAACAGAGCUGAAGCCCCAUGAAUCUUCGUCUUAUGUUCUCCUCUACAACAUAUACUUCGACGCAGGGGAGAGACUGCUGGCAGAUAACGUAAGAAACAAGAUGAAGAAGCUUGGUGUCAAGAAGGAGCCUGGUCUCAGUUGGAUCAUCAUUGGCCCGAUCGUCCAUUCUUUCACUGCUUCCGAUAAAUCUCACCCUCAAAGCCGAGAUAUUUACUCAAAACUAGAAGAGAUGGUCCGCGGUGUGAAGGAAACAGAGGAGCAGGUGGUGCAGAACUUCCACAGCGAAAGGCUGGCAGUGGCGCUGGGGAUGAUGGUUCUGCCUGAAUCAGCCCCCAUCAGAGUCAUGAAGAACCUGAGAGUCUGCAGGGACUGCCACACGAUGAUGAAGCUGUUUUCUUACAGCGAGAGGAGGGAGAUUGUCCUCAGGGACCCCCUCCGGUUCCAUCGCUUCACCGGGGGCUCAUGUUCUUGCAUGGAUUACUGGUAA